GAUCAAGUCCGACAGGAUCCGACCCAUUACUUGCCCUACCAGUUAGCGUCAUCUUUCUCUUUCCCUAUUGCCAGAGCUGUUGCACUGUUUUUAGUUUCAAGAAUCCAUCUUUCAGAGCCCCAUUACAAAAUCAAGCAAAUACCCAGAUAAGAUUUUUUCAGUUUGGAAAAAAAAAAUGGCUGAAAUUUCUGAAGCCGAAGGAAAUAGAGAAGUACCAAUUUGCCCUUCAAUCCCUUCUGGUGAACAAACUGUUUGGGCUGAUGCUUCCUCCCUUCUACACCUCGCCUGCAAUGAUCUUCGAGAUGGAGAGCUCAUGCACGGGGAGAAUUUUAAUCUUUUUGCUGCCAUGUCUGCGUUAGAGAUAAUGGACCCAAAGAUGGAUUCAGGCAUGGUUCGUACAUACUAUUCAGUAGAUGAAGCUAUUGAGUAUGGUGCUGCUCCUAUUCCUUUGAGUUUUGACAAAACAGUUGAUGUUCAACGUACCAUUGAUGUUAUGGAUCAUCUUCUUGCUUGUGAGGCAACAUGGCAUAAGGGUUGUUCACUGGCUCAAACUGUUUUUUCUUGCUUAUACCUUUUGAGGCCUGAUAUAACGUCAUCCCAUGCGCUACUACAUUCAUAUUGCAACGUCAUUCGUGCAACCUGCAAUGCGGUUGUUUCCACAGUCUCAGAUACACGUACAAAUGAAGAAGAAGAUCUCUUCACUAUGACACACGGCCUUCCUCUAAAGGCGGAUGGAGAUGACAAAUGUUUGACGAUGCUUCAUGCAGUUGAAGAAACAAUUGCUCGUCAACUACGGGCUUGUAAAUCUACAUUGUCUAGGAAGAGAGUUACAGAAGAUAUAGAACCAUUACAAAAUAACCCUGAUUUGGAGGAAGGAUUCUGCAAAGCUUUGUUAUGCCGAUUACGUUUUCGUAAGCACUUGUACCAUGUUGUGACAAAUAUGAAGAGACCACAAGGCAGAGGCUUGGAAUUGGCAAAGAAACAUAUUGCUUGUUGCUUUCAAGAGUUGGAUUCUAUGAGUGAAUCAGUAGAAUUCUUGAGGUCUACGGUUGCACAAGGAACACUGGAAGAUGGAACAGAAAAUGAAACAACUGCUUCAGGUUGUCAACCUAUCGGGUUUGAUUCUACUUUGAACAGUAGAUUGUCAGCUCCAACUCCACCUCGUGCUAUCGAGACAAUUAGCUGGAAGAAGGCAGUUGAAUAUUUCCAAAAGCUUCUUCAUGAGCUAGAGAUCAUAUGUUCCUACAAUCUGGAUCCAGUCUUUGAAGGUGUUUUACGAUUUGUGGUUGAAUUUCAAAAGUUUCAACCGGAAUUGGUUGCUAGAGCUCAUCUCCAGCAUUUGCUGAUUCAAGAUGCAAAGCUCUAUGGGCGUGAUCCUGUCUUUGCUGUGAUUUGUAAAGCUUCUUUGUUACCUGAGGUGGCGAAGAACCAUGAUAUUCAGAAGAAUGAAACUCUUGUACAACUUGGGCAGUUAUUGAUCACUUUGCUUCGAGUUCUGUGUACAAAUAUUUCCUGGCAAAGGCGUAAACUUGGAAAGAUUUUGCAAGAUUGGCGCAUCAUACACGUACAGGUUUGAACAGUAUACACUUGUCAAAA